CGGAUAGGCAUAAUUGAUUCGGCCGUGAGUGCUUAGAGGUAAUUUUUUUUAAAUCCAAUUUCAUUGUACGUGUUGUUGCUAUUCUGCAACUGCUUUUUUGUCCACCAUAUAUGCAACGAUAAAAUCUGGUACGAACUGUUCAUUACCACGCCACUUACCAGAAAAAUUUCGAAUAAUUUAUUUCAAGGUUAUAACAACAUUUGGACCGCGUAAGCCUCAACGACAGUCAUCAAACGCUAAUUCAUCUAUAACAUCCGAAAUAAUCGAACAUUCCAUGCUCAACCAACGUCCACAAAGUCCAUUUAUCUCAGUUGUCACACCGACAGCAUCACAAAAAGUUUGCCUCGAAACAUCAUUCACCAGCCUACAAAGUCCUUGUGACGGUCCAAUUUGGUCACAGCCAGCCAACGGUUCCAGUAAGGCGUCGUCCAUUGCCGGAAGUUUAUUCGGUCGCAGCCAAUUGAGUUCGAUACUUCAAUACGACGUGUCAAGUUUAACGGACGGACCCAGCGAUGCCACUACCGUUGUACUGGCUGAUACAUCAAAUGGGCUAUUGAAUCCGAAAUGCAGUAAAAAUGUUGCGUUUGACAUAAAACAAUAUCCGAUUACUCCGCCCAGACUCACGUCGCCAGGUGGUAUGCCGAAAAGUAUUUUACAUAGGAAGCGUUCGCUAAAUGCAAUGCAGAAACAGGCAAUGUAUGGACAACGAUCCAAUUCGGAUUUGCAACGGAAAGUGGAUUUGGUGCAUGACGACUGGUACGGCAUGGCACCAUUGGCUAGUCCCGAAACUCUAUCGGAAAUAUCCAGUAUCAGUUCACGCGCUAGUCUGGUGAACAAUUUCGCCACGUCCAUUGAAAAAUGUUUGCAUAAAAUCGGUCUGUAUGGUCAAAUGAAUGACAGUGAUCAGCAAGACAUUCUGGAGUUGGAAGACGAAUCACAGAUGCACACACCGAAGGUUCUACGACGUGCCCCGAAAAUUACAGGAAAUUUGUCACGAUGUGCGGAUGACUGGCGACAGGUGGAAACGUACAAAAGAAUGGGAAAGGUUUUCCUGACCAAUCCGCUAGUGUUAAGUGACUCCAGUGAUCAAAGCUACGAAUCGGCUAACAGUCUGAAUAAGAAGGACGACGAUCGGUGUCACCAAUUGACGCAAGAAAAUUCCAAAUCGGCCGACAACAUUGACGGCGAUAGCAAAUCUAGUGAAUCGUUCACCACAGCUAAACUGACUAUGAGUGACAGUGCGAUGCUGAGUGAGUAUCAAAGUGCGUGUACGGAUUGUUCAACAAUGAGUCGGUUAAGUGAUAAUCAGUGCAGUAAGCAUAUACGACAAACUAACACAAAUACGACCAGUUCCAGUGAAACAUACUACAGCGCACUAUCGUCCUUAACUACAUUAGAACCGUUCAACAGCCCCGGCAGUACAAAGCAAAUAUUCUCAAAAAUCGUCGAGGAACCGCAAGCUCGCAAUGUGGGCUUUUUAGAAUCACAUUUUCCCCUCCAUUCGUCCACCUCGACCGACAAUUCUGACGAUUCGCACGAACGAGACUCGCUACUAUCAAACAGUCCGAAGAUCGGCCAGUGUCGAUCGAUUCGACGACCUCAUUUCGGCGACGAAAAGAAGCGGAACAACGACGAUGUUUGCUUCUCGCGCAACGAAUCGCUGCCGUUGCUAAGCAAUUUGUCCAAAUCGUCGUCGCCGAGUAAUUUUCUGCGACGGAAAAAAUAUGUUUAUCCAAUGGAUUCGCCGACCAAAUCCACAACAUCAUCGAAUGGUAAGCAAUAGGAUUUGUGGGAGAUAGAAGUGAAAGUUGAUGAAGUUGUCGAGCAAGAGAUUUUCUAUUUCAAGGUUGGUAGUUAAUAUGUAGCUCUGGUCAUUAUGUAGUGUUGUGAGUAAUAGAACCGAGAGUCUUUUCUUUGAUUUAUCCGAUUUUUUGAAAAAUUGCGAACUCAAAAGUUGAAAGAAAAUUUUAAGUUAAAAAAAAUCGAAAUGGAGCCUGAUGAUCUCGGAUUAGAUUGAAUUUUGUUCAGAGAUAGUAAAGACCCAUUUACCACAACUCACGAAAUUGCCUAACUUCUUCUGUCCAUCUUCUGUUGCGUCUCAGGCAACAUCCUUAAAUUUCCAUGGAUAACCAAGGUCCAAUCCUAAAAAUAACUGACACACAGAGCCCAAUUAUACUAUUGCGACGAUCACUUAUCUGUAACUCCACAUGGUGGACCGCAUCAUGUCACUUCGCGGGAAGUGUAAGUUAAAAUUAUUUAAAAAAAAAAUUGAUUGAAGUGACAAAACUGGAUCAACUGGCGACCUCAUUCCAUAUAUGUUACCGGGUUUUUAUCUGAAAUGUAACACAGAAACUAUCGAGAAAUAAUUUCUUAAAAUGUGGCUCUACCGGGCAGGAUGCAAUUCUAUUUCGUUUAAUUAUAAAAAGGAAAAACAAUUUUUACAAAAAUUACGAAACAAUAUUUUGCUCAUUAAAAUUACUGAUUUAAUAAAGUAAAUGUGCCAAAAGAAUUAAGAGAAAUUCUGAGAACUAGAUUUAUAAUUAGAGCUAGACAGUGUGUGUAUGUGUGUUUGAAAACUGAAAAUGACAAGAAAAAUAAUUGUUUUAACUGAUGAAAAGUCAAUUAAAGAACGUAAGAAGAAACAUUUCAGUGAAAAUGAUGUCCAAUUACUGUACGAUGAUGAUGUGAAAGUUUGUCGUUUUUUUAUAUUUUAUAAAAUUUAACCGAACUGUAGUGAGAGCGGGUGGAACAUGUUCCUUAAACGUUUUGUCUCUCUAGUCAUUACAAAAUGUCAUUCAUCUAGUCUUAGGGGCUUAACAUUUUUAGUUCGUACAAAAUCUGGUGUAGUGAGGGGGAAACUACUUCGAAAAACGCUGUACCAUGACUUUGUGACUUUGUAUGUUUUGUAUGAAGCUGAUAGUCAAGCUGAGCCAAUGACUUUGAUUUUACGUGUAUUUGAAUAGUGACUUUUCUAGGUCUUGUACCAUGACUUUCUGGAGCAGUUUUCCCCUCAAGGAAAAACAAUUAUGUACUACAGUACAUUAGUAACUAGUCUGCUAGGAAUUUCGCUCCGGAGUGAUUCAUAAAGCGAUAUUUUAUCACAUUUUUCAAAAGGAAAUAGUUCUUUGUACAAUUAGGAAUAGAAAGAUAACAACAAGAGUUUUCGUGUGAAUUUUGUUGAGGCGUGGCCGUCAAUUUCGAUCCAUUUAAAAUUGUUCAUUCUUCAUGCAGUUUCAUUCUCUUUGCUAUACACGACAACACAUCAUCAUAAUACAUCUCUUAUUCUAAAAAAAUGAAUAAUUUUCGUUCUGAAGCAACAACUCUGAUAAUAAAAUAAUAAAUUGGGUUUCAGUUUUACAAUAAAAUUUAAAAUAAAAUCUUUAAAUAGGAAAAAGGCUAAAAAAUUCAGUAGAAACUCAGUGUUUUCAAUGGUUCAAUCAGAAUAAAAACAAAAUGUUUUUCCAAUUGAAAUUUAUAUAAUAAAACGAAAACAUAUGAAAUGAAAAGAUCUAUAAAAAAAUAAUUCACUAAAAUAAAGAUGCAAUUAAUAGUACAACAUUGAAAAUAAAACAAAAAAAAAAUUGAAAAUUAUUAAUUGUUGAUUUUUAAUAAUAAAUUAAAUUUAUAUUUAGAAAUGUAGAAUUAAAUUAUGUAAAAGCAUGACAUUGUCUUACCAUUUACUCAACUGAUUUGAUUCUUUAUCAAAAAAUGAAUAAAUAUAACGCAGCGAUGCGACUGAAAUUAA